AUGGGUUACGAAGACUCCGUCUACCUCGCAAAGCUUGCUGAGCAGGCUGAGCGUUAUGAAGAAAUGGUUGAGAACAUGAAGCAGGUCGCCUCCGAGGACCAGGAACUCUCCGUCGAAGAGCGAAAUCUCCUCUCCGUUGCCUACAAGAACGUUAUUGGGGCGCGUCGUGCGUCGUGGAGAAUCGUUACCUCGAUUGAGCAGAAGGAGGAGUCGAAGGGAAACUCGGUUCAAGUUCAACUGAUCAAGGAGUACCGUCAAAAGAUCGAGGCUGAACUCGCCAAAAUCUGUGAAGACAUCCUUGAGGUUCUCGACAAGCACUUGAUUCCUUCUGCCAAGAGCGGAGAAUCAAAGGUUUUCUACCACAAGAUGAAGGGUGAUUACCACCGUUACCUUGCUGAGUUCGCCAUUGGCGACAAGCGAAAGGAAUCUGCCGACAAGUCCCUCGAGGCUUACAAGAACGCCACCGAAGUUGCACAGACCGACCUUGCACCAACCCACCCAAUCCGCCUGGGUCUGGCCCUUAACUUCUCCGUUUUCUACUAUGAGAUCUUGAACUCGCCUGAUCAAGCUUGCCAUCUUGCCAAGCAAGCCUUUGAUGACGCCAUUGCUGAACUCGACACUCUUAGCGAGGAAAGCUACAAGGACUCUACUUUGAUCAUGCAGCUCUUGAGAGAUAACUUGACUCUCUGGACUUCAUCAGAGGCCGAACCCGCUGCCGCCGAGACCAGCGCCGCGCCUGCUGAGACCAAGGAGACUGAGGCUGCACCAACAGAGGUUAAGGCUGAGGCUGAAUAG